UAAAUGUUGUGUAUAUAUACAGAGACGUCGGUAUAUGCAAGUAUAUCAAAACAAAAUACACACUACAACAGCAGACUGGUACGCACGGAGAAUAUCGAAAACUAGGCAAGGAUCGUUAUUUGCAAGUUACAAGCGACUAAUGGACAUUGCCCCUCCACCGCCAUUAGAACCAUACCGGCAUUUCAGGGACCCAGAAUUACGAAAAAGAAGUUUUGGAAAGUGGCAGGAAUAUACCGAGUCAUUUAUAAAGGAACUUGUUGACGAUGGCUUCUUUAGUAUAGAUGAAGAGAAACGGAAAGUGCAGUGUGUUAACUGUGGUGGAGUUCUUUGUGGCGUUGAAGAAGGACAAAAUAUCCACAUCACACACUAUCGUCAUUUUCCUAAAUGUGACAGGUUUAAGUACAGAGAACCUGACUUUUUAAGUCUGUUCAAAAAUCCUCUGGUCAUCAGUGACGCGACAGUGGCGGACGGUGUGUUAGGAACCAUUGAUGUGGCGCCGUAUAUCACAGGGAACCUCGGAGUAAGCGAGGGGUGCUAUUUAGAUGGUAGGAUGGAGGACACGUCACAUCCUGUUUACGUGCUAGGGGACACGAAAUACCCGAAACACAUCUAUUAUUCCAUUUACAUAGACAGAUUGAGAACUUUCAGUAAUUGGCCAGCUCAUUUUAAACAGACACCGGAUGACCUUGCUAGAGCUGGUUUCUUUUAUGCAGGUGUUGAUGACUUGUGUGAAUGUUACUGCUGUGGUGGUCAGCUGGAUGGCUGGGAAGAUGAUGAUGACCCUCAGCAAGAACAUAACAGGUGGUUUUCUGACACAUGUCCAUUAUACCAAGCAAGACAGAGGCGACCAUCAGCUCAGGUCGGGUGACAAAUGAAACCAAUGUGGUGCGAAGUAACUAUAUCGUAGACUUCAGUUCCUUGUCGCUAAGGUUAUGGAGGCACUGUCACACUCCGAGGGAAAACAAGGGUCGGUAAAUUGCAGACAGUUUGCCAUUUGAGAUGUAGCUCUUGUAGUGUCAAAUUCAAAUAUGAAAGACACUGCCUUGAUAUAUAUCAAUAUAUCUUGUUGAGUGUACUGCUGCCUAACCAAGUGAGAUGACGUUAUGAUAAAACGGGAGAGACUGUAAGGCUACCGUUGUGUCGGUAUCCACUUCAGGUGGGCGAAAAUGUGCAUGUUUCGGUGGGAUUCAUAAUGUCCAUGUAUAAAGCAUUUUAAACGAAAAAUGAAUGAAUUGACAAAUGAAUGUAUAAACGGAUUGAAGAUAGAUCACAGAUUAUUUGAAGCAGUGGAAUAUGCAGUAUUAUAUGGUUACGUUAUGUGGCUUGUACAAACAAUAAAUGCCCUCUUAAACUCG